AUGUCAUCCACUUCGAGAAAGUCUGGCCAGGAUGGUGUGGCAUCGAGUCAAAGUUUUGGGCAACACUCGCAAAAUCCUACGGUGGUUCCAGACAUUUUUGAGUUCAGACAAACAUCACGGGACAUUCAGAUUCAUCAGUCCUCGCAUCUUAGGGAAGCAGCUAUUUCCUUUGGCGACCAAGGCCCGAUUGGCUGUCACGGUCCCUUUCCCUUUCAUGCUGGGAAAGACGGAAGAGAGCAAAUGUCAAUGACCUUUACAGAGAGCAUCCAGACGAUGGUCUCUCUCGAAUCACUUUCUUUGGACAUCACCAGUCUGUGCCGAAACCAUCUUGAAGCGUUGUUAUCCGAAUUGCGCGUUAUGCCUAGCCUCAACCUCCAACGUCUUAAGCUGGGAUCAUUGAAAAACUGCGAGGCUUUCGUGGAGUAUGCUGGGACUAAUUUGAAGACCUUGUGUCUGCCCAGUAUGAUCUGCUUUCGGGGACAAUUUGAGCACCUUGAAGAACUCUACAUUCACGAGAGGAACCACUUCAACAAUCCGACGCUGGAACUAAACGACAUUGCUAGAGCUUUCCCACGAUUGAAGUCCCUGGGCUUUCUCGAAGGUCUUUGUGCAGAACCUUACCGAUACUCACGUCUCGAUCCCUGUCAAGGAUGUGUCAAGCAGUGCAAGACAUUGGGCCAAGCACUGCAGGAGAAGCUGCCCAACCUGGAGCGCUAUGUUCAUUCAUUGCGAUGCCCUUUUGUUGAUGAUCGAGACAUUCCUGUCUUGGUCCUCUCUGGUCACCUUGCUCGUUUCAGAAAGGUUUGCCGUCUAAUUAGAGCAAAGCAUCCGUCACUGAAAGAGUUGGUGAUCCUUAUCAGCUACGGGUACCUGCUGCGUUGCAACACAGAUCAGGUUACUAUCGAAAAGCGUGCUGUCUAUGACAGAGCUGCAUUUGCGUUCACUCAAAUAACUCGUGCGCAAGUGGUUCACGAAGAUCAGAGAGGAUGA